AUGAACAGCAAUAACGCAAUCUUCCUUCUUCUCCUCUCUGUCGUCCUCCUACCUCUCUACGCGUCUGCGGCGGCGCGUGUUGGUGGUUGGAGUCCCAUCACCGACGUUAAGGAUCCUCACGUCGUCGAGAUCGGGGAAUUCGCCGUCUCCGAGUACGACAAACAGAGCAAAUCGGAGCUCAAGUUCGUGACGGUUGUUCGCGGCGAGACUCAGGUUGUCGCCGGCACGAAUUACCGGCUUACGGUGACGGCUAACGACGGCGGCAAGAGUAAGAACUACGAGGCGCUUGUAUGGGAGAAACCGUGGCUCAAAUCGAUGAAUCUCACUUCUUUUAAACCCGCCUCUAAUGGUCGUUUCCUCUGA